AUGCUGUCCACAAAUGCACCCUCGGGCAUCCAACGCCGAAGAACGCUUCACCGACGACAGAACUCAACACCGGCAGCGUUCGAGGCACCCCGAUUGCAACCACUACCGACUAACAUACAACAGCGACGAACGCAGCGGACAGGCAUGAGUCUUGACCUCAGAGGCUUGAACCUCGAGGCAGUGACGAGGUCUGGGACUGCUGCUACCAUUCCGGAACAGAUUAUCCCGGAUGGUACGUCUCCCCCGCGGCCUCCUCACUCUCCCCAUCGAGCUCCUAACUCGCCUACCAAAGCAGUUGUAGAUCAGAGGAUAAAAGAUCUACAAGAAGAUGUACUAGCAGUAUAUGGCCCCAAUGCUAACCUCUUCAUCACUCUCCCGACACCCACUGCGACGCCACAGAAGGCGGCUCAGCCAGCACUCCUGCAGCAGUUAGAGUCAGCUGCGCUUGCGCCGAGCUUCUCAGACCUCGCAGACAUCAACCUGCAACCGAGCUCAAAUGCGAUGACCUUCAACUUUGAGAGCCUCGACUAUGACAUGGGGUACGAAUCCUCGUCAUAUUACACGUCGGAUGCGUUUUCGCCAUCGCCUACAUCCUCUCCUCACCAGAAGUCAAUGCAGGCUUUUUUGGAGAACAUUCCCGAGUUCCCCGCUCAAGAACACAUUGCAGAGCUUCCGAAUCAAGCCUUCUCUCAGGCUCCCAUGUUUUCUCCGUCUAGCGCAGCGAUGUCAAUGAAUGGCCUACCUGCAGCCUCCCUAUCGCAACCCUCACUCUUGCCCGAAUUUGAGAUUGAUGCCAGUCUCGAGUACACUGGCAUAUCUCCAGAGGAAGUACAACGCUAUAUUAGCGAGCAAGAUCAGAGUACCAACAAGUGGACAUGUCUCUACCCGGAGUGCGGCAAGAUCUUCGGUCGGCGAGAGAACAUUCGCUCGCACGUUCAAACACAUCUUGGCGACAGGCAAUACAAGUGCAAUGGAUGCGGCAAGAAGUUUGUUCGCCAACACGACCUCAAACGACAUUCGAAAAUCCACACCGGUAACAAGCCUUACAAGUGCCCAUGCGGCGCUGGUUUUGCAAGACAAGACGCACUGACGCGCCAUCGCCAGCGCGGUAUGUGUGUAGGUGGAUUCGAAAACGUAGUACGAAAGAACGUGAAGCGCGGCCGUCCGAAGAAGCAUCGUCCAGAGAUGGAUGACCGUGUCGAAAAGGCCAACAGGACCCGCCGUGUGCUAGCAUCUGCGUCUUCCUCAGUCUCCGCAGGCUCGCCAAUGUCAGAUCCAAGUUCCUCUCCACCGCCUUUUGAGGAUGACUUGCAGACGCAGGCUCCCUCAACGAUGCUUCAUGAGACAGCGAGCUUUCACGGUGCAAUGAGCUCGACAUCAGACCAUUACUCGUAA